AUGGCAAUUCCCACCACACUAUCGAUACUACCUUCUCCUUCUUCAUGUCUCUCUUCAAAAUCACUUCAACCCAUUCAUCUUACUUGCCCUAAAACCACAAUUUCACUUUCAAAAUCCAAUUUUACCCCCUUUUCAAUUCAUUGUUCAAAUCCAAUCAAUCUCGCCUCAUCAAGAAAACCCAUCAGCUUCAUCUGCAGUAGUUCAUUCAUUGUGUCGACAAGCACUACCAAUUACGAGAUUCUUUGGUUAAACCCUAUGGCACCAAUGGAGUUUACUAAAAACAAUCUUUCCUUAAAGAAACACCAUGUAGAAUUUGUUCAAUAUAGGGUUAGUGUUGUGGCUUCUGAACUUCUUUCUCAGAAUAAUAGAAGGCAGUUUGCACACCCUAGUUACUUCCAUGCUGAUGGUGUCAAUGUUCACUUCAUUUCUCAGGCGUUGAUUGAAAACACAAGGGCAUAUGACAUACUGAAACAAGCUCCUUUCUUGGUGCCAUUUACAAGUAGAGUUAAAUUAUUCACAGGACUGAAUCAGGUGCACCACCAAGAUUACUAUCUCUGGUACAAAGAUGUUAGGAUGCUGACAUUCACAAUAGGCCUUCAUUUGAUGAUAUCAUCUCCAAACUUGAUCUCAACAUGGUUUUGCCCUGUUGCCUAUAACAGGCCUCUAAAAUAUUCUCCUAUUCUUAUGUAUUUGCCUGGGUUGGAAGGAACUGGAACUAGCCUUGUUGUACAUGAGAAAGCUCUUGGAAAGUGAGUUGAAUUUGGCUAAGUCAUUAUUGAGUGAGAUAGGCCAAUGUACAACUGCUUAUCCAUAUAAUCAGCUGUUUGGAG